CCCUUACUUUUACUUUUAUUUACAGAUCACUCCACUUUCUUUUACAUUUAUCCCCCUUUUAUUUCUUUAUAUUCUCAUUCGAUCCCUCACUCUCACUCACUCUCUUAUCAUCUACUCCUUGAAAUCAUAAGAACUACAUUUUGGUCCCUUGUUUUCUUUAGGAAAUGGAGAGAAAGCAAGGGUUUUUCUCGGGGUUGAGGGAGAAGGCGAGGUCGGAGAGCCCGGCGAGGAGCUCGUCGCCGAUGGCGGGGUUGCUGAUCCCGCGACGACGUCGGAGGAGGGAUCGGCCGCCGGAGAUGAUGGAACAGAGGAAUGGGUGGGUGGGACUUGCGCCGUUGAUGGAGGGGCCGGAUCCUGGGGCGGGAGAUGGUGGUGGUGGUGGUGGUGGUGGUGGGAGGAAGGAGGGUGGGUGGGGACGAUGGGUGAAGGGUCAGCUUACGCGGGUGCCGUCGGUUGGUGGUGGUGGUGGUGGUGGCUCCGGUUGCCGGCGGUCCGAUCUCCGGCUUCUUCUUGGGGUCAUGGGUGCUCCUUUGGCUCCCAUUCAAGUUAGCUCUGCUGAUCCUUUGCCGCAUCUUAGCAUCAAAGACACUCCCAUUGAAACUUCUUCAGCUCAGUACAUACUCCAGCAAUACACUGCAGCAUCUGGAGGUUUGAAGCUUCAAAGUUCAAUUAGAAAUGCAUAUGCAAUGGGGAGAGUAAGAAUGGUGGCAUCUGAAUUUGAGACAGCAGCAGGUGUUGUUAAAACCCGCAGCUUGUCGAGAGAGGCCGAAUCCGGUAGCUUUGUUCUUUGGCAGAUGGCUCCGGAAAUGUGGUAUGUAGAGCUUGCCGUCGGAGGUAGUAAGGUCCAUGCUGGUUGCAAUGGCAAGCUUGUUUGGCGGCAUACACCAUGGCUCGGCGCCCAUGCCGCCAAGGGCCCUGCCCGUCCACUCCGUCGAUCUCUCCAGGGACUUGAUCCGUUGACGACGGCUAGCAUGUUCGCCAAUGCAGUAUGCAUCGGAGAGAAGGUUGUCAACGGAGAGGAUUGUUUCAUUCUCAAGCUUUGCACUGAUCCGGAGACCUUAAAAGCUCGCAGCGAAGGCCUGGCCGAGAUCAUACGGCACGUAUUGUUUGGCUACUUCAGCCAGAAAACCGGGCUUCUGAUCCAAAUGGAGGAUUCUCACUUGACAAGGAUCCAAUCUAAUCCCGGAGGCGAAGCUGUUUUCUGGGAGACGACGAUCAGCUCCUUCAUGGAAGAUUAUCGGCUAGUUGAUGGUGUGAUGAUAGCACACUCCGGCCGCUCUUUCAUCACUCUUUUCAGAUUCGGUGAGACAGCGAUGAGCCACACCAAGACUAGGAUGGAAGAAGAAUGGAGUAUCGAGGAGGUGGCUUUCAAUGUCCCUGGCCUUUCGAUCGACUGCUUCAUCCCUCCGGCUGAUAUAAAAAGUUCAUCUAUUAGUGAAUCUUGUGAGCUUCCUCAAGGUGACCGAAGCAAGGGCACCGGUAGCACGGGGAGUCAUCGGACAAAGGUUGCAGCUUUAGAGAAACCGAUCAAAAGCUUUGACGACGAAGAUUAUGCUGAUGAUGAUGAUGAGGAUGAUGACUCACUGUGGAGAGUAUAAGUCAUAUGUUUUUACAGUAUAAUUGGUGAAUUGAAUUGUUCAUAGCAGUAGAUAAUUCCCAUUGAGAUCAGCUAACAAACAAGCAUCCAAUGUGUGUAGAUAAGGAGCAGCAUGACCAGCCUAUGAAGAGAAAGAGUGAUUCUAUAUUAUAUAAUACUAAUUUGUAUGCCUGGUAGAUUUGGUUUUCAUGUGUCUUUUGUUUGUUUUUUUGAGUGGUAUAAAAUAAUUGUCUAGAUUUUA